AUGUUAUUAAAUAAUAAAAUAAUAAAUAAUUUAAAUUUCUAUAAUAAAAUAAUAAAUUAUUUUAAUUUAUAUAAUAAAAAUUUUAUUAUAAAACAUAUUAAAUUUAUAUCAUAUAAUUCCGAUACGGUGACUGGUCCAACAGAUAAUACUAAGGGAAAAAGAGCUAAUGGCAUUACUGGAAAGGGAGCUAAUUCUACAGCUAUGGAGUGUACUCCUGAGGAAACCCCUUUCGGGGUUGGUGGAAGGGGAGUUAAGGGUAUGGAAUGUAAUACUAAGGAAAUUGGUACAGUUGGAGCAAGCACCGUAACGGAGGAAAAAAAUGAUAGAAAUAAAUUAUAUUUAUGGCAAUUAAAAAUAAUUUGUAUAAUAAUAUUAAUUUUUGGUUCUUCUUAUUUUAUAUAUACAUUCAUUAAUAAUGAUAUGGAUAUUAAGAAGACUUGUAUAAAAUUAAGUAUGAAUUGGGAUUCAUUAUUUUAUAAUAUUUCAUCAGAAAAAUUUAAAGCAUUUCUUAAUUCACGUUUUUAUAAUUCUUUAUCUAAUGAACUUAAUUAUCAAAUUUCUCUUUAUUUUUUCAAUAUCGAUAUUAAUAAAGAGAAUGGAUUUAGAAAAUCUGAUGCAAUAUAUUUUUUAACAGAAAUUGGUAUUGAUAAUAAUAAUAAAAUUAUACAAAAAUUCAUCUCAAAUAAUUCUAAUUCCAAUGAGAAUAAAUUAUUAAAUGGUUGUACAUUAAAUGAAUUUGGUAAUUUAAUAGAAUCAUUAAUACUUGAACAAAAAUUAAAAUCAAAUGAACAAUUUGAAACAAAUUUAUUACAAAAAUUAAUUAAUCUUAAUCAAAAUAUGAAAAUAGAUGAAGGAAUAAAAGAAAUUGGUAAUACAUUAAUAAUAGAAUCAGUAAAAGAAAUGUAUAAUGAAGUAAAGAAAUAUAUGAAAGAAAAUGAAGAAGAAUAUGAAGAAUUAGAAAGUGAAUUGGAACGUAAUAAGAAAUUAAAAAUGAAAUUGGAACAAUUAUCAAAAUCAAGACGUUUAAAUGAUCAAGAAAAACGUCAUUUAACAAAUAUAAAUAGAGAAAUUGUCAUGUUAAAUAAUGAAUUAAAUAAACUCAAAUACCUCAAAAAAAAAUUAUUAUUAAUCUAA